UUCCAGGAAGAGCACGAGAGGAGACGCAUUUGGCUUUCCAAAAUUCAGCCCCGAAAGCACACUCUCUUCUCUACAGUACUCGCAUUGCAUUGCGUACAAAUUAGAGCUUCAGUCUCCGUCUGGUUUUGGAUUCAAAAAUGGAUGUGCCGAAGGAUCAAAUCACAGCUCUUCUCGACCACGAACUCUACAAUUCCGCUCAAAUCCUCGGUAGCUUUCUGGUCUCAUCAGCUACAGUUAGUCUGGAAACCAGCCCUCAGCUCAAAGCCGAAAAUCAGAUUCUCCUUGGAGAUGCAUUGUUUCGCGAGAGAGAGUUUCGCAGAGCGAUUCAUACGUAUAAGCAAGCAUUGCAUUACUACAAGAUAAUUCCGAAACAGAGUUCGACAACUUCUCGAAGUUCGUUAUCGAACAGGUCUUCUUCUCCGAAUUCCUUUAACAUUUCAGCCAUUAAUGAAAAUGAGGUGAAGUUCAAGAUCGCAUCAUGUCACGCCACAUUGAAUGAAACUAGAGCUGCACUUGUUGAGUUAAUUAGGUUGUUUGUUUUGAAGAUGGAAGGAAUUCCUAGCAAAGCAAGAACUUUGCAGAUGAGUUUAUUGAUGGCAAAGCUUUAUAGAAGUUCUAGACAUACUCGCCUUGCUAUCACUUGUUACAAAGAGUGCUUAAGGCAUUGCCCUUUUGUCAUCGAGGCUAUCGUUGCUUUGGCAGAACUGGGAGUUGCUGCCAAGGAUGUUAUUUCACUUUUUUCACAGGUAUCAAAUAGAAGUGGGAGAGCUCCACUUGAUCAUACCGAUUCUACUCGCUGGCUUCAGCGCUAUGUUGAGGCCCAGUGCUGUAUUGCUUCAAAUGAUUACAAAGGUGGUUUGGAGCUCUUUGGAGAACUCUUGCAACGUUUUCCAAAUAAUAUACACAUAUUACUUGAAAUCGCAAGGGCUGAAGCCAUAAUUGGGAAGAAUGAUGAGGCCAUAAUGAAUUUUGAGAAGGUUCGAUCAAUUGAUCCGUAUGUUGUAACUUAUAUGGAUGAGUAUGCGAUGCUUCUAAAGACCAAAGGUGAUUUUUCAAAGCUAAACAAGUUGGUGCAUGAUUUGCUGAGCAUUGAUCCCACAAGGCCAGAAAUUUUUGUGGCUUUGUCUGUCCUGUGGGAAAAGAAGGAUGAGAUAGGAGCACUGUCUUAUGCUGAGAAGAGCAUCAGGAUUGAUGAGAGACACAUACCGGGUUACAUUAUGAAGGGUACUUUGCUCUUGUCACUAAAGCGGCCAGAAGCAGCCGUAAUUGCUUUCAGGGGAGCUCAAGAAUUAAGAGCCGAUCUCCGUUCAUAUCAAGGUUUGGUUCAUUCAUAUUUGGCAUUCUCCAAAAUUAAAGAGGCUCUGCAUGCUGCUAGGGAGGCAAUGAAGGCCAUGCCUCAGUCUGCAAAGGCACUAAAGUUAGUAGGGGAUGUACACGCUAGUAACUCUGGUGGAAGAGAGAAGGCAAAAAAGUUCUAUGAGUCAGCACUGAGGCUGGAACCUGGUUACCUUGGUGCAGCAUUAGCUUUGGCUGAGCUUCAUGUCAUUGAGGGUCGAAAUGGGGAUGCUGUAUCUCUGCUUGAGCGAUAUCUGAAGGAUUGGGCAGAUGACUCUCUUCAUGUCAAGUUGGCUCAAGUAUUUGCAGCCACUAAUAUGCUGCAAGAGGCUUUGUCACAUUAUCAGGCUGCAUUAAGAAUAAACCCACAGAAUGAAGCUGCAAAAAAAGGGCUAGAGCGCUUGGAAAAACAGAUGAAGGGGGUGGAUCCAGACGCACCUGAAGAAGAUGAAGAAAAUGAGGUUGAGGAUGCCGAUGGAGACCAAGAAGAGACUGAUCUUUUAUAAAAGUAGAGCCAAAGAUCUUGUAAAUUUUGUAUGGGAUCAGGAAAUUAUUUCCACCGAUUGUUGGUCGAGAAAAAGCUGUCACUGGUGGACUACGGCAAAAAUUGCCAUGCUGGCAAUGGACCGAGCUCUUAUUCCAGCAAUUAGAGCAUUCGAGUUACAUAGAACUGAAAAUCAAGUUGGUUCUGUAGAGCUCAUUUGCUUGAUGGUGGAGGAAUGAGAAUCAUUUAUUUUGUUCAAUAUGUUGUUUGUAUGUCAUUGUUUCAAUUGUGCUCUAGAGGGGGGGAAGUUCUGAUUCCAGAGCCUUUCGAUCCUUAAUUGUCGAUGUGUACACGUUUUAUUUUUUGGUCCUAAAUUCAAAUAAGUUACUAGAAAUUACUUGGCGAUAAACUCUUGAAGGCCAUUGGUUUAUUUUUCAAAUCUAUAUAUAGCACGUUGUAAUUUCAGAAAA